AUGAACGAACUUGUAAUAUCUUCAAAUAUUGUUCUUGAUGAAAUCAAGACAUCUAAUGCAAUCAAUGUAGGAAUUCGAUUGAUGUUUCUUCAGAUUGGACCGAUCGAAACUCAAUUUGAAAGAUAUACAGCUGAUGUUGCUAUUGAAGCUCGAUGGUUAGCUAAUCCAAAUUUUUUGUCUUCACUUAACGAUCAUGAUCAAUAUAUAUUAUCACGUGGUCAUACAGUUCGUCUACCGAACUAUCUAAAAGAUGAAAAUAAUUGGCAUCCGCAACUUUUUAUUAUGAAUACUAAUGUUGAUCCAGACAAUCAACAUAUUCAAUAUAGUUUAAGAAAAGAUCGAACAAAUAAUUCAUUUUAUAUACGUGAACAUCGUUUAGUAAAAGGUUUAUUUUUUUCACAAUUUGAUUUUCAUCAUUUUCCACAUGAUAUUCAAGAACUUAGUAUUUCAUUUGGUUCAUCCGUAUCCGGAACUAAAAUUGAAUUAGAACCGGAUUUUAAAAUACCAUCUGGUAUUAAUAGACAAGCAUUUGUUGCAUUACAAGAAUGGAUUUUAUUCGAACAUGUCGAAUCACGAAUACAAAAAGUAAAAGGAUUUGCAUUUCAAACAGAUGAAGAUGGUGAAUUAGAUAUGCCUGGACAUGAAAAAGAACGAAGUAUAUUAACCAUAUCUUGUCAUGCAGCUCGUCGAGCUGAAUAUAUGUUUUGGAAUGGAUAUUGGAUAUGUUUUAUAAUGACUAUCGUUGGAUUUGCUGCAUUUUCUAUCACAGCUGAAAAUACAAAUCAACGUUUAGGUGUUGCUUUCACUCUUCUAUUAACUCAUAUUGCUUUUCGUUGGACGAUAUGUGUCUCCCAUCUAACACCUCCAAUUGCAUAUCUAACGGUUUUAGACAAAUAUUCAAUAGCAUCUAUGUUUUUUGUUAUAAUCCUCGGUGUCUGGCACGCCAUCAUCGGUUCUCUUCUGUUUACAUAUAAUUGGCAAUCAAAACUACAACCUUCAAAUUAUUGGCUGUGGAUCGAUCGGUAUGUAUUUUUUAUACUUGGUGGGUUAUAUAUUGUUGCUCAUAUUGUACUAAUAAUUUGGUUUAUUAUUGUUCCAUAUGGACAUCGACGACAAAUGCGAAUGAAAGAUGUGGCUUAUCAUAAAUUAAUAUCACAAUGUAACUAUCAAUGGCAACAAUCAAACAUAACAUAUUCAACAGAAUCGGAUUAUAGUUCUUGA